GUUUCUUCGCAACUACUAAUAUCUGCCUGUAGAAUAUAACCUUUGCCUCAACCGCUGGUCCAACCAAAUCUUUGAAAUUUAAGCGGGGCACGUCUGUGUAUGUACAUGUCAGCCGCCUCAAUUACUCUAGUAGCAUACUUCAUUCCCCAGCCAUGCAGCUGGUACGAUACUUAUUCAACUAGGUGACUUAGGCUCCCCUGAAGGAGCCUAAGUAAUAUUAAAAAUAGAGUUCUCAAGGGUCUCCUUGAGAACUCUAAUUUUCAAAUGAAUGCCAGCUGAUGUCAUUUACGUGGGUUAGGUUCUUUGGCACUUUGGCACUUUCCUCAUGCUCUUAGAAUCUGCGGUCCGCGUUUCUUUCUCUGUCGGUCCGAGUGUUAUUAAUGUUAUUACCUCGUCACCUGCGAUGCGUAGCAUGCGUGUUUUGACAGCGGCAUGUAGAGUUCUACGCGACCGGCGUUCUGACUCGCAGCCUUUCUAACACAGAAAUCUACGUAUGUGCCGAAUAUGUUUUCAUCAAGCGUAGGACACUUCACGUGUCUCGACUUCAUGCGUUAUUCCGGUCAUGAGGAUAACACUUCUCCUCGCUAUCGAAUGCAUGAACUACGAGCGCACAAGCUGAACCAUGCUUGUCGUGGCUUCACUUGCAGUCACCAGGCAUAGUAUCUCCCGUAAUUGGCGAAAGCCUUCGGCAUACGGGUUAUUGUUCAGCGUAUAAGGUACUGCGAUGAACAGCAAUAGCUCCUCUAGAAUCUUUUCCCUUCUUGCAGCAGCCUGGCGACACACGUACCAUGUCUAUACGAGUUGUUCUUGUCGUUGCAUCGACUCUGAGCUUUGCUUCGUCGACAUAUGCGGCACCACCUGGAUUUCCUAGCUCUGGAAAUGGCUUGUGGUACAAGACACCCGGUUCAUCGUGGUCGAAGGAAUGGUUACCAAUCGGUAAUGGGUAUCUUGCAGCCAUGACACCCGGCGGAACUGUCAAGGAAGUGACACAGCUCAAUAUCGAGUCGUUGUGGUCGGGAGGUCCUUUUCAAGAUCCCACUUACAAUGGUGGAAAUAAACAACCUUCUGAACGCGCUGCUACUGCAGCGGCAAUGCAGCAGAUUCGUCAAUCAAUUUUUGAUAGUCCUAGUGGGACAAUUGACAAUGUUGAAGAACUCUCUACGGAUCCUGGCGCAUACGGGUCAUAUGCCGGUGCUGGGAACCUGAUAACGACCCUGAACUCUACGGACAAUGUUACUAACUAUGCUCGAUGGCUCGAUCUCGAUCAAGCUGUCGCUUUCACUUCUUGGGAGGACUCCGAGAACAAGCUUGUCCGUACCUCAUUCUGUUCCAAUCCUUCGAAGUCCUGCACGCAACAACUCAAAAGCUCCUCCAUACUCCCCGAAGUUACGUACGCAUUCGACUCUGGGAUCGAGCUCGGACUUCCUCAACCCGUGGUUUCCUGUUUCGAUCAUAAUACCCUCAUUCUGAGAGGUAGCGUGGUGAAGUCUCAGAUGACGUACGAAUUUAUUGGACGCGUCAACGCUGCAGGUGCCUCUGCGAGAGUCAACUGUACACCUACUGGAAGUGGGAACGCUACUAUCAUAGUUUCUGGCGCUUCUACCUCUUCGAUCACUUGGGUUGGAGCAACCGACUACGAUAUGGAUGCUGGAAAUGCUGCUCAUAGCUUCUCGUUUAAAGGCAAUGAUCCACACUCAGGACUGGUGGCGACACUCAACACUGCUUCGCCCAUCGGAGCACCACUUUCGUCGUUUACUUCUCUGAUGAAUACACAUGUGAAAUCAUAUCAGAGCUUCCUGGGAGGUUUCAGUCUAUCACUUGGACAGAAGGUUGAUUUGACGAGAUCGACUGACGAACUGGUGGCUGCUUAUCAAACCGACGUUGGUGACACAUACUUGGAGUGGUUGUUAUUCAAUUAUGGGCGAUAUCUACUGACAGGCAGUGCACCUGGCGUCUUGCCGGCUAACUUGCAAGGCAAAUGGGCUCGAGACAUCAGCAAUCCUUGGAGUGCUGACUAUCACUCGAACAUUAAUAUUCAAAUGAACUACUGGUUUGCCGAGAUGACCAACAUGAACCUCGUUACACCGUUGUUCGAUUAUAUCGAGAAAACAUGGGCUCCAAGAGGGACGUUGACUGCUCAAGUCUUAUACAAUAUUACUCGAGGUUGGGUUACACACAACGAGAUAUUUGGCCAUACGGGCAUGAAGCUCAGCGGGAACUCUGCUCAAUGGGCCAAUUAUCCAGAAUCUGCAGUAUGGAUGAUGAUUCACGUGUGGGAUCAUUUCGACUAUACCAACAACCUCGAUUGGUUCAAAGCGCAGGGCUGGCCUCUACUCAAGGGCGUCGCGUCGUUCCAUCUUGACAAACUGAUUCCUGACCUUCGUUUCAACGAUUCGUCUCUUGUUGUGAGCCCUUGCAACUCACCGGAGCAGGUCCCUAUCACUCUGGGUUGUGCACACGCCCAGCAGCUCAUUUGGCAACUUUUCAAUGCCAUCGAGAAAGGGUUUCCAGCUUCAGGCGAUACGGACACCGCUUUCCUAGCAGAGGUACGAGACAAACGAGUACGGAUGGACAAAGGCAUUCAUAUAGGCUCAUGGGGUCAACUCCAAGAGUGGAAGGUCGACAUGGAUUCGCCGUCAGACACACAUCGCCAUCUUUCUCACUUAAUUGGACUCUACCCCGGCUAUGCAGUAUCAGGUUAUGAGCCAUCUCUUCAGGGCUCCCCUUCAAAUGCGACCAGGUCAUUUACCAAAGCCCAAGUCCUGGAUGCAGCGACAACGAGCUUGGCUCAUCGAGGGAUUGGGACUGGUCCCGACGCUGAUGCCGGCUGGGAAAAGGUCUGGAGAGCUGCCGCAUGGGCACAACUACGAAACGCUAGUCAAUUUUACUUUGAGCUUUCCUAUGCAAUCAAGACGAAUUAUGGAGCCAAUCUACUCAGUUUGUAUACCCCGGACGAUGUUGAUCCAAUCUUCCAGAUCGACGCAAACUUCGGAUAUCCCGCAGCAUUGCUGAACGGAUUGCUGCAAGCACCUGACGUUCCAUCAUUGACAACGCCAAUAGUCAUCACGGUCCUUCCUGCUCUUCCGGACAACUGGCCUUCCGGCUCAAUUAAGGGCGCAAGGGUGAGAGGAGGCUUGACGGUAGACUUCCAAUGGACGAACAGCCAACUUGGUCCCAUCACGAUCAAGACUGAUACCCAUGCGAAAGCGAGGCCGAUUCAGGUUGUCUACAAAGGAAAGACAUUGUCGUCGUUCAACAGCUCCCCCGGCUCAACUACAAUCGUCAGAGUGUAGAUUAUGAUGUCCGUUAUAUAAAAUCCUCGGUGAUACUGGUACAGGAUCCAUCUCCAUGUCUGGUAUCCGCGCACAACUAGUGAUAGAACUUGCGGUUCGGAUUAGCUCCAAAGAGAUCGAAUCGAAUUUCGGGCAGCAUCUA